AUGAGUAAUGGACAUAGUUGUGGAAAUAUCAGUGGAAUAGUCCCUCAAAACUGCAAAGCGUAUAACUUUUCUUUGGGUUAUCAUAAGAGUAUAUUUUUUGACAUUACUUUAAAUUCUACGUCAUCUUCAACCAACACUUCUUUUGAAAGUUAUGAUGAUUUUUUCCGCCGAGAAGAAGAUUUUAAUCCAUAUGUCUCUACUCACUACAUUUCAGAUCAACAGUUAUAUGUCAUAUUUAAGAAUGUGAAUAUUUCUGAUUUCUCUAAACCAUACACUAAUUGCGUGAAUAAGAUUAUUUCUGACUCAGUUAUUAUUUUUAAACCCAAAGAUGUUUCUAGUAUCAUGAUUUUUCCAAAGAUUGAAAGACAUUAUAUAUCAAAUCAUUGGGGUUUUAGAUCAUAUGAAGAGACCUGUUAUUUAAAUUAUGCUAUUAAAAGCCUUCCAAAACUCAACAACGAAGGAAACAUCCAAUUUAGCGUAAAUGUAUUCAAUCAACUUACUUACGAGACAGAAAUUAAUGAAUAUACAUUUGGGAAUGCAAUAGCCAAUCUUGGUGGUUUCUAUGUUGCUUUGAAUUCAAUGUAUGUUUUAUUAUUUGGAAUGCCAAAACUAUCUCCAUGGUAUGAAUUGUUUAAUCGCACUUUAAAUGAUGCAUUACCGAAUAGUUCCAGCCUAAUAUUUGUGCAUUCACAGGGCUUAAAAGCAAAACUAGCAAAACGAUAUGUCACAUCUUCAGGAAUCGUUCUGGCACAAAGAGUAUCAAACCGGCGCAACAAUGCAACAUUGGAAAAUCGCGUUCAAAUGUUGGAAACAAUGUUGCAGGAUUACUAUCUUGACAAUUAUCAAUUCGAGGCAAGUUUUUUAAUGAUGCACUUGAGAAGAAUGGAUCUGAAAUAUGAUAAACUCCAAUGUGAAUAUGAUGAAAUGAUUAAUAGUCGACAUCAGGGAACUGAGGAAGAAAGAAUCUUCCUUGGCUAA